AUGAUCGCCUCGCUCGCCUCCCCUGCGGGUAUUCAGCUACCACCCGAACUCUACCUCAACAUUAUCCAGCUUUUGCUCUCUCAAGAUCUCCGCAAAACUGUCGCCGCUCUUCAAAGAUGCUCCAAAGCCCAUUACACCUUCGUCUCACCAUACUUGUACGAACUAUUUACUCUCAAUGCCGAAGCUGUCAGGGGAAUGAUCGCACUUCUCAGAGAUUCGAUGGACCCAUUACAAGAACGGAUGUUGAAUAUCAAUCUAGAGGAACCAAUUGGAUUCGACGAUUCAGAAGCUGUUCGAUACCUCAAACUUCUGAGUAAUGUCAAAAGAUUGUUCGUGCCCAUCUCGAGAGUUUUGCUACUACAUGACGAAGAGAUAAUGAAGUCGCUCUGCAGACGUGCUGGACUCUCAAGUGUUGUGUCUCUUCCUCUUUUCCAGCAUGUCGACUACCUAUCCUUACACGAUGAAGGUGAUGUGCCGUACAGGUAUGGGCUACGAAUGAGGAAAGACGCUAUUGAAGAAUUGAUCGACUUCAUUGUCCAACACUGCAAUCCCAAACACCUUUGUCUAAAUCUGGAUAUCAAGGGACCAAUGGAUGGAUCACAUAGGCAGAUACCAAAAUUGUACAGCUCCAUGACUAGACUGGAAGAGAUUGACAUUCACCGGUUUUGUCAUUAUGUUCAUAUGCCGCCUCUCGGUUCUAGGAUGAAUACGACUGAAGCCCGAGAGAGUUGCGGAGGGUACCAAGAUGACAUUUUCUUCGCUCUGUCCGACGGUCUCAAAGUAGUAAAAGUAGACCCAAGGGAUCAAGCCGUUAGAGAAGCUAUCAAGCCUAUAAAGAUGAUCGCUAAAAACAAGGAGCAUCUUACGGAGGACGAUAUCAAUCGUUUCCAUGAACAGCUUCUUUACCAUGCUUUAGAAGAGAGAGGUCAGCGACGAUCCUGGACAAAUACCGAAAAUAUAGAUCCAAACCAAGAAGCUCUGGCCCGCAAAGACGUAGAAGAAAGGAAGAAGUAUGUAGAGUGGGUUGUGCGUGAAGAUUGUAAAUCCGAGGAGAAUUGUAGAGUCUGUUCAAGUCACGUUACUGAUUCUACUUGUCUAGUGCCGAUAUAA